AUUCGAAACUAAAACACGUUUUUUUUAUAGAAAUGAAGUUGACGUCACAUUGACUCAUAGCCUCUUGUAGUGAAUAUAAUCAUGGUUUAACAAAACAGUAAAUUACAGAAAGUGUAGCGUUUAGUAAAGCGAAUAAAAAUCUUUUAUUUGUGGUCAUGAAUCGAAUGUGUGAUGUUACUUCCGGAAACAGCUGUAUUAGUCAGUGUAGACAGGAAGCGGAGUGGAUUUCUUCUGUGCGUGGGCUUAAGACUUAACGUGAAGGUGUUUAGGGUUGGUCUGAGUGGAGAAACGUCUUAAUUAUUUAGUUCAUGAUUAUAAGAAGCUUGUUAUUAUUCUGAUUCUGAUUAUUUCCUCAGUGAAAGAUGGACACAAGCAGGAAGAGGAAGUUCACUAACCUGCAGGAGUGAUCCUUAUUAUUUCUCUUAAUUGUUAUUUGGUGGUGUUGGGUUUUGGUGAGUAUCCUCCUGUGUGGUUAUAUUUGCACUGAGGGAAAAAUAACUACCUGUUAGUCUACAUUUAAAAAAAAAAAAAAAAAAACCCAACCAUCUCCCCUGCUGUCAUCCUGUUUACUUUCACUUCCUGGUUUUCAGAUGUCUGCUGUUGCUUCACACACAUGAGAGGAGAACACACACCAUGACCAACAUCGCUGGAGGUGAGAAUGCUAAAGCGGGACGUGAGGAUGUCCUGGAGCGGUACGGGGCUUUCUACAGCCGUGUGUGGGGCGAGGGCAGCGUGAAGGUGUGUGAGGACACACAGCUGAUGGAGCAGGCCAGGCAGGCCGUGUUAACCCAGUGUGAAGCGGCUCAAACCUUCACACUCCUGCCAUUUUACCCCACUGUGAUCGACAUCAUCAACACCAGCAUCAACACCACCAACACCAACACCAGCUCCACCAGCGUGCUCCAGCGCCUGAGCAAAGCCUUCGAGGUGCUCGAGCUGCUCUGCGUCAACUUGUUCCUCUUUCCCUGGAAAAAAGAGAUUAAAACACUGAAGAAAUUCACUGGUCAUUAUGUUUACUACAUCAAAGCGGUUCUGCCGCUGCAGACGACUCGGAGCGUUCUCCACCGCAUCGGCUACGACUCCGAAACCGACACAGAGUAUAAACUAUCCAACAACGUCGACCCAAACCGGGCUAAGGAAAUGGGCUUUGAGCUUUUCCUCGCCCGGAUCGAAUGUGAACAUCUGAUUCAGAUGACGAGCCAGACGCCUCAUGCUGAAUGUCUGGAGAUCAUCCAGAACCGAGGUUCUGCUGUGAUUCUUCAAGAUCAACCGGAGCUCUGUAACACUCCAAACGGGGUUCUGGAGGAGGACAGAGCACACAGAGACGACAACUGCCUGUUAAAUCCAGAACUAAGUCUGAAACCUUUACAUGUGGAAGUGAACGAGCGUCAAAACUCCAAGCGUGGAUCGUUCCUGAGUGAAGAUAAGUCCAUCCUGGAGAUGCAGAAGGAUUACCCAGACCUCACCUUCCGACAGAGACCCAUCUUCAAAAGCUCGUCUGCCAAGCUGACGCGCUCCGAAGGAAGAGACGUGAAGUUUGGCAGAGAAACGAGCGACCCUCGGCCCAUCACCUUGCACGCUGAAGCUCCAGAACCUGCUCUAGAUCCUUGUUCCUCAGAAGAACAGGAGCUGCGUGUUGGAGCUGUGUCACACACUCCAGGGUUAAAACAUGAUGAAGACGUAUCGGUGACGGACCUGGCUGAGAUGAUGGAGAUGAAGCUGAAGCUGAAGGAGUUCCCCAGCGAGGAACCUCUGAAGUGUCCGGUGGAGGAGACGGCGCAGUGCGAGAAGAACAAGUCCAUCUGCAACAUCGCCGGCUGCGGCAGCAGCUCCACCUCGGACCGCCUCCAGCAACACCAUGGCAUCACGGAGCCUCCACAGUCCUUCUACAUCCCCAACCGUGUGAGCAGUUCUGCUCCGGCACCCCCUGCAGAGCACGAAGAGAACAUCCACCCGUCCAGCAGAGCAGGAACUGAACCUGUCCUACACCACACUCUGGAGAUCUGAGGAACCUGUGUGAUCAUUAGCACAAAUUAGUUCACUUCCUUACAAUUCACAUCAGUUUGUGUUUGAUCAGAACACACACACACACACACACACACACACACACACACAUAAUACUUAACACUGCGAUAAAGUCACUCAGGUCAAAAUUUGUGGUCUUUUUUUAAUUUAAAGCACACUUUCUGUCAGUAUAAAUAAUUUGGGGGCGGAGCUCAGCUGACCUCCGCUUGUUCAGUCACUCAAUAAACUCAACAACUUUAGACCAAUCACGUCCAAUAUGCAAAUUACCGUAAGAUGGCUGGAAACGUUUUGCUACAGAAUGGUUUGGCUGCGGAUAAAUAAAUCUAACUAGUUUACUCGCAGUUAACUACCCGGCUAGUUCAUUCAGUUAACGUUAAGAUAUUAGGCUGUUAGUCAUGGCGGUAUGGAUGAUAUAUGGGUGUGUUUAAUUUGCAUAUUCGUAGCUCCUGGUAUUUCUCGUGAGGGUAAACGUGUAGAGACGUUACAUGACCGGUUUUAUUAAUCUCUUUGAGACGAUUAAACAAAAAACGAAACAAGCAAGUUUUAUAGCACCUUUGAUCCUGUUCAUACAUUUUUAUCGAAAUCGAGCGAACUCUUGGAGGUGUAAUUUAUAACGAUGGGAAGCUCUGUGUUUAUCUGUGAUUAGUGACGUGUUCUGGGAUAAAUCCUGAUCAGUACUGAUCCUGGAUGAUGUAUGAAGGUGUUUUGUUUUUUGGUUUGUUUUUAAGACAUUGUUUAUCUCAGGUGAAGCUCUAACAGGUCACAGAUUCAGGUGAUUCAUUAACAGCGUUUUCCUGUGAUUUCAUUUUUUAUUUAAGAUUGGUGACACGGUUUAUCUCAGGCUUCCUGAGGUGAUGCAAUAAGGAACUCUUUUUCACAGUAAAAUGAAGUGACUCUGUGACCUGGUCACUCAGGGGUGUCCGAAUCCUGGGGUGUGGAUUCUUGAUUCAAAAUGGUCUUGUGGACUGUAACUGAAUUGAAAGUGCGAAUCUCUGUUGUUCCACUAGGGGGCGAAAUUGAGCAACAAACUCACAGCGAUAAACUCUUGAUGUGAGUCUUCAUUAGCAAGCUCUUCAUUAACGCUGUAACCACACCUCUUUCACACAGCGGGGUUGAAUACUUAUGCAAUCACAACUUUUACAUUUUUUUAUUUGAACUAUGCUAUGUUAUGUACUGAUUAUUUAGUGUAGACUAAUGACAGAAAAUCUGUUUAAUACAUUUACAUUUUUGUGGUUUUUUUUGUUUGUUUUUUAAUUGUCAUGGGAGCCAUUUUAAAACACAAAAGUCAAAAGUCCUAGAACUCCAUGGGUUUACUGUGAGGCUUGAUGGUGGUGUGGUAAAAGCCUUGCCUCUGAACUCGAAGGUUGCUGGUUUGAGUCAGGCUCGGCCUGAGGUUCCUGAAGUAUGUGGGGUGUGAGGUAGAGCAGGUAGAGCAGGUACUGCUGGUAGAGCAGGCUGUGGAUGAUGAUGAUGAUGAUGAUGAUGGUGCUGCAGAGGAAGUUGGGGUGAUUUUUUUGCAGACUUCCCUAAAUAUGCAAAACUAAGUCCACACUCUCUGUUCAAGCUCCAUAACCACUUGUUCCUCCGGCUCUGUGGGGGCAGCUGCCCAGAAUUACCCCACGGUCACGCCCACUGGCCUUUCUGAACCUUCCACUCGCAUACCCUGGAGUCUUGGCUGGGAUUCGAAGCAGCAACCACUCAACCCAGAGGCGCCGCUCAUCCACACGAUGAUUAACCCCGACCUAAAGAUACAGCAAAAGGAUCUGGAUUGAACCCAAAACGUCACACACCAGAGACUACGACACUAACCGCUGCACCAGCGCGGGACAGGAAGUGACGCUGCUUGCUGCCUAAUGGAAGCGGAGAUGGUCACGGAUCAGCACUUCUCAUCACUUCCAUGUAGCUUCUCUCAGUAAGAGGAAGUGUUGUUAUGAGAGCACCACACACACACACACACACACACACACACACACACACACACACACACACACACACACACACACACACACACACACUGACGGAGCGGUUGGAGCCUGUGUGCCUUCGGAGAACUGUUUAAAAUGGUUUUCUCAGUCUUUUUACACAUUUGGUUUAAUAAUUGAGUUUAAUUAUAUGAUGUUUAUAAGAAUAAACAUCAUGAAAGAAAGAAUUGUUGGGUAUGUGGUAUACGCAGCUGCUCAGUCCUCAAUCUCAUCUUUCACUCUUUAUUUCUCUCUGUGGUCGAAUCCCACCCUCGGGUUUUUAUUCCAGUUUAUCAGAAGGGAACGGGGUUAGACGGCAGUGAGGUAAGAGAAUCAACAUCGGGAGGAACGCGUAUAAACACCGGGAGUCUUUAGAAACCUCUGCAAUUAUUAAGAGAUGAGAGCAAAAGCAACACUUUACAUUCCAGUGUCAUAAACUCCUAAACCAUCCGAACCUUCAUGUCAGCAGGUCACGGGGUCGUUACCCUCACCCCCCUGAAUCCACCGCUCCUGUAUCCUACACACUGUUUCCAAUCAGACCUUCAGCACUUACAUCCUCAAAACCCAGCAUGACCCCACACACACACGCUGCUAUUAUACCCAGGAAACAUAAACAGCUGGAUAAAAUGUUCCAUGACGUCCCUGAUGGAUUAAUAAAUAACACGUGAUCCAUAUUACAAUCAUUUAUUU